AUGGCCGACAAUACCAGUGAUCAAGAUUGCCUUCAGGGAGCUCAUGCUAUUGAUGUUCUAUCUAGUGCUAACCAACAGGAUUCCCGUCGAAUGAAGUUCUCCAAGCUUAAAGUUGACGGCUUGAAAAGAAAUUUUCAUGGAAUUGUGUAUCAGUUAGGUUUACUCACUUUGGCAGCUUGGCGUGCUCGCCAGCGAAAUUAUCCAUUUUAUCUGUGCAGCGAAGCAACAGAAUUUGAAAAGUUUGACGAUUUAGUCAUCGAUAGUGGAGAUAGUAUUACAUUCCUACAGGCCAAGCACGCUUCGGUAGGCGAUCCCUAUUCUGCUAAAGAUUUUUGCGCCGGAAAAGAUCAGCCUGCUAGCUUAGCCAAAUAUUUUGAUUCAUGGAUGAAAUUAAGAAAUGGAAAAUUUGCUGUAAACAAUCAAGGAAAUCGUAAAACAUGUUACUACAUCUUUUUUACUAAUCGGGAUGUUACGGAAUCGGAUCAUUUCUUGAUAGAUUGUAUGAUUCCGGAUGAAAAUGAGUACUUCCGAUUUAAGAAACUACCAAGGCAGCCUAAAACAGUCAAGUUUAAGACGGGGCAAAGCAGACAACAAUUUAUCAAUGCAAUCUAUAAUCAUUCUAAUGAAAUGGAAAAAUACGAAUGCACCAUAGUGGAUAUUACUGAUGAUAUAAUCGAGUUGAAAAUCGUUCAGAAUGGUCAGUCUUUCAAUAAGCCGCUUCUGAUAAGUGUAUUACAAACAGAAAUCGAAAAUGCGGCAACAGCGUUAAGCCAAUACUUAACAGAGGCUGGAGCUCUAAUCCAACUAGCAUUAAAGAAAGAACCCUUGGAGAACAUCUUACUAAGGAAAAUGAAUGAUCAAUCGAAAGAGUUAUUCAAGUCACAUAAAACAGAAAUUUCUACUAAAAUAAAUUCACCAGAACUUGUGAUUGCUGGCAUUUUAGAUCAGGAAAUCAAUCAAUAUCUCGAUGAAUUUAUUAUUAAACAGAUGCAACCUGACGUUUCUAAUCUUUUGCAAAUAAUCCUUGAAGAAAUUCAAUUGGAUGUUCAUUUUGCACCAAGGCAAUUAUACCAUGCUUUAAUGGAUAAAAUUCUUAAUUGGUUUCGAGAUCGGCAAGAAUCUGUGUUAAAGGCAGACAAAUUUGGCAAUUUAGUUCAAGCAGAGAUGGCAGACUUGGAGCGAUUUUAUCUUCUAGGUGAUACACAGCAAUUCAAGAAAGAGUAUGAAAGCUAUAAUAUCUCCUGGACAAACUUUCACAAUCCUCCGUUAUACGAUUUAUUCCUCACUCAGGCUGGGAAAGGUUAUCCGCUGGCAAUCAUCACUGGUAAAGGAUUAAGGCCAAGAGUGUACGCAACAAUCAAUCGGCUUUAUCAAAACAAGUUCAUUCAUGACGGCGAUUGGGCUUUUCUGACUAUGCAUCCCUCGUUAAAAAUUAGUAUACCAAAGGUUUUUGCUGGCGAAUCAAUCCGAUUUAUCGUUAUUGAUUGUUUAAAUUGGUCCGAUAAUGAUUUCCUUCCAAUUGUUGAACCCAUUUUACAAGCUGCAAUUAGUAAUAGAAAGCUAUUAGUGUUACUUGUUGAAGACGAUUAUGUAAAUACGUUAAUGAAAACGCUUCGGGAUUUUCGUAUCGGUAACAGUGGAGAAGGAAAUAGCGCGCCAACAUCAUCUAAUCAUAUUCACGGUCGAGAAAAUCAGUCGCUCAAGCCUCAGCACAUCAUUAUCGGAACUCUGACUGCAGAUGAAAUAGAGUCUGUGUGCACACCAUUUCUAGAUCACUACGUAGUAUUAAGUGGGAAACGUUAUCCUUUAGAAACCGUUCUGAAAGACCAAACAAGCAAUUUGCGAAAAGAGAUGGAUACCUACCUUGGCCAGCUUAACCAAUGCGGUUACGUUUAUGAAAACGUAACCGCUAUUUUUAUAGAUCAAGGAACUGGAUCAAUCUGUAAGUGCAGGGUCAAGUUUAUUAGCGUUUCUUGUACAGAUACUGAAUUUAACUAUGCAACUGUUACCGAUCAAAGUUCACAUUAUAUAAGCCUCCCAAAGCCUGCCUCUUACUACUUUAAUGAUAAUGAUGAAGUGAUAACAUUAGGAAACAAUCUUAUCGAUCAUCAACGAACACGUUCAAUCGUAUUAGCGAAGGCUGGCUGUGGAAAAACUUCGUUAUGUUUACACAUAAAAUAUCGAUGGUUUCAGCAGAAACCAUCUACGAUUACAUGGAUGAUUUAUGUCCAUUUACCACAACUGAAUUUAUCGUCAUCUCCUACACCUGAUAGUAUCUUUACCAAGCUAGCGACAGAUAUCGAUUGGAAAAGUUGGGAAUUAUCUGCUCUAGCACAAGACAUGAAAACCAAUUCUAAUGUUACAUUAUUGCUCGAUGGUUUCGACGAAAUCAAAGACGAAAAUCAAGCCCAACUAAUCAAUCAAUGGAUCAAUGAUAUUUCUGAUAAAGUACAAGUUGUUAUAACUUCUCGAUGUUAUGCUGCCAACAAAAUAUCUUUAACUAAAAAUGUUCGUAUCAAUUCUUAUAAAUUGCUAGAAUAUACGGACUCCCAGCGAGCACAAUAUAUUGAAGAGUACGUAAAAGCCAUUCUUAAAACGCUUACAGUGCCUAAGAAUAAGCUUAAUCAUAAUUGCAAUCAAGUAAUUGAACAGAUUAAUAAAUAUUUAAAAUCCAUCAGCGAUAGAAAAUCAAAAAGCUUACUAGGGAUUCCUUUGGAAAGCUAUCUAUUCUGUGAAAUAUUAAUACCAUCUAUUCUGUCAAGUAAGGAUAAAGACUACGAUAGGAUGGAGGCUAUUUCUACAGCCACACUUCUUCAGCAAUUUAUCCGCAGAAAAUUGCUGCUUUUUCUUUAUAAGCACAUGAACAUUAAUGAAACUACAGUAUUACCAAGGCCACAACGCAUUUAUGCCUUGACAUCCAGUUAUUUCGAACUAUGCUUGGUAUUUGCUUUUCGACAAGCAUUUCACUUACCUUAUAAGUUUAUUGGUCCGUAUUUUUAUCGAUCUUUUAAGACCGAUGCGAUGAUUCAAGAUUUGAAUGAUACUGGGCUGCUUUCAGUCUACAAUCAUGGCCAACAUUACUUUAAAUUUUCCCAUGAAACCUAUCAAGAAUAUUUUGCAGCAUUAUUUGCCUUAAGAGAGAUCGUCUCAGACGACCAACUGAGCAAGAACGUUAAAAAUAUCCUUCAAAAACAUCGUUACAAUCCGAAAUAUAUGCUAAUCUUGUCAUUAGCAGCGCAAUUAAGUAUGACAGGUGACGAUUUAAUACCUAGAUUUGACUCCCAAAAUGAUAAUCAUCAACUUGCGUUAUGGAAAGUUUUAUUUGAUGAUGAUUCAGAUAUAUUAGGAGCAGCGAAGACUAACUUGGCUCAAGUUUGUUUUAGUCAAUUUUCAACCGAUCAUCGGCAAAUUUUAGAAACGAAACUAAAAAAAAAGACCUGGGGAAAGCAGGUACUACAAUGCCUAAGGCAACAUUCAUCAACGCAAAAUUUAAACGAUGGUGAUGCUAUGCAAGACGAUGAAGAUGCCCGUUGGCGAGCAAAUUCAGCUUUGAGCGCAAUUCAUUCAUUAUAUCAUGAAAAUCUGGAACCGAACGCUAAACAUGCUUGUCUGAAAAUAAUGCCAUAUUUUAUUAAACAUCAAGCAAAAUUAAGCUCAACGCAGAAUUUGAUUUCUAUCAUUAAGAGUGCUCAUAGUGUAAUUUUCAAUGAUUUUCUUCAAUUACAUGAUUGCAUCUCCAAGAUUUCAUUGAACUAUCUAAUCGUAAAUGAAUGUGAAGAAUAUUUCAAACAUCCAAUUUUAAUCUUUAGGUCAUUACUAUGGAUUGCAAUGAAAAUUCCUUAUGCGGUAAAUGUGGAGAAUGAUGAAAUUAAGUUUAUCUAUGAAAGUAAUCAUUGCUUGAAAGUUGGAAAUGGUACUCAAAGUCAAAUUUUUAAGGAACUUCAAAAGAUUAUCUUGAUACGCUUAAAAUCCGGCAGUGAUAAACAAACUAUGAUUGAAAGUAAUUGCAGUUGGGCUAAUUUAUUAGACGAACAUACAAGAGAAUAUCUAGAAAGAAGCCUAUAUCCUGUUUUAGCAGAAAAAGAUGAUUUAAGUAGUGUGCCUGAUAAGUUGAUGAAUGAUGGAGAUUUAGCAUUUGAAGUUUACAGCAAAAUAUCUGGAUAUGAAUUAAUUAAUGAAAAUACAGUAAAUGCACUAGUACACCUUAUCGGAAACUACAAAAAUCGCUUCUGGCCAAGAGAGGGUGGUAUUGAUGCUGUUAGUUAUGUGGGUAAAUACUUUAAUCAACAAUUUGCAAAAUUUUUUAUAGAGCGUGCAAAAUUGUAUAAAGAUAAUGCAAAACUUUGUGAAACAGCUUUAACCACUAUCAAAGAAACACUUGAAAAAAUACCUAGUCAUGAACGUGACCAUCACUACGACAAGGCUGUUCGUGCUUACGAUAAUUGUUUUCCCGCUAUACACGCUGAAAUACCAGCAUAUCGUUGA